GCGUUCUUCACAUUUCAUAAGCCCCGUCUUUUCUAAAUUAGGGUUUAUCACACUCGAAUAGCAGAGCUCAGCCGUCUUCGAAUUCGCAGCCCAAGCAAUGUCUAGGAGAAAGACUAGGGAGCCUAAAGAAGAGAAUGUCACCCUCGGACCCGCCACUCGGGAUGGAGAAUUAGUGUUCUGCGUUGCUCAUGUCUUUGCCUCGUUCAACGACACCUUCAUUCAUGUGACAGAUUUAUCGGGAAGGGAAACCAUGGUUCGUAUUACAGGUGGUAUGAAGGUGAAAGCUGAUAGAGAUGAGUCAUCACCGUAUGCUGCUAUGCUUGCAGCACAAGAUGUUUCUACAAGAUGCAAGGAGUUGGGUAUUAACGCACUUCACAUUAAACUCCGUGCUACUGGUGGUAACAAGACUAAGACCCCUGGUCCUGGUGCACAGUCUGCACUCAGAGCCCUUGCUCGUUCUGGCAUGAAGAUUGGUCGCAUUGAGGAUGUGACUCCAAUUCCAACCGACAGCACCAGGAGAAAGGGUGGCAGAAGGGGAAGGAGGCUGUAACUUAUCAUUUGUUACGACAAAAUCCGUUGCAGUUACCAUUUCAAUUUGAACAACUUGGAAUAUGUUGUCUGAUUUUCUGGAUACCAAUAGUUGAGGGAUAGAGAAUUUUUCGGAAUAUAAAAUUAUCAUCUUGUCUCUUCUCAAAAUUUAAUGUUAUUUGCUAUUUCUUAUAU